AAAAAUUUCAAGAGAAAAAACUAAUAAAGUAAAGAUCUUUGUGUGUAUUGUGGUGACUGGUGACCAUUGCAUAAUUGAAAAGUUAAGUAAAUGGGUAGGGACCAAUAGAAAAACCAAGUCAAAUUACAUAUAGAGAUAAACUUGUCUAAUCUCUCCCGCCACCCACUCCUAUCUUCCUCUAAUCUCGCCUCUCAUCUCUCUCUCUUUAUCACUCUCCCCUCUCGUCAUAUAAAGACAUUAAACUCUAAAGUCAUCUCUCUUCUAUCUAUCUCUCUGUCUCUUCUUGAGAGCUAAAAAGAACAUCAAAUGGCCAUUAUCGACGUUGAUGAUUCAUUCAAGAGACCAGGAACUAUACCUUUUAGCUGGGAGAUCCGACCCGGUGUACCUAAAACCCGAAUGUCUCAACCCGGUAACACAACUCCUCUUCAGCCUCCAAAGAAACUCUCUCCUCUCCGUUUUAAACCAUUGUCUCACUCUCAGCCGCUUCUCCCGCCGGCGUUAUCUCCACCGUCUUCUUCUUUCAUCUCCAAUUCCAAAAGCCGUCCUUUAUCUCCUCUCACUCCCCAUUCCUUUUCUACAACCCCAUCGAAGCUCAAGCCACCACGAACACCGUCGUCGCUUUCUGGAUUUUACUCUCCGGGACCUUCUUUCCGAUCAUCGCCGCGUGCUUUCUCGGAACGGUGGCAGCUCCACCGCCCUAACCGGAUUCGACCCGAAUCCGAACCAGAACCAAGUUCCGAUUUUUCUGUUGCCGGGUUCGGGUGUUUCCCGUCGCCUAAGUUUAGGUUGAGGAAAGUUAAGAGCGGUGGUAGUCGGAGAAAAUCCGGGUCGAGAUCGGAGAAUGAUUAUUAUUGCUCCGACAUGGAGACGAUGUCGCCGUGGACUGUUUCAAGCCGUAGAUCGGUUUCUCCGAGAUGGGAAUCACCCAAGUCGUCGUUUUCUUCUCUCCGAUUCUCGCCACGAUUCGCCAACGAAGCUGAAUGGGUUGGGUUUGGACUCUUUUGAGCACAUUUUCAAUGAAAUGGCUCGCGAUCGGUUCUUUAGCCAUCCGAACCAACGGAAGCCUCUUGAAUCGCGCAAAUCAAAUUAAAGCAAAUGUUGGGCUAAAAUGGGAUUUUUCAAAAGUUUAGGGUCCUAUAUCUAAUGUGCUUUAGAGUUUUCACAUCUGUGUAAUAUAAAUUUGUGGAUCUGUGGAUGUCUAAAGACAAUUCACAUUUUGAAUUUUGAAGUUUUGAGUGUGGGGAAAAAAGAUUGUAAGAUAUGAAAAGUAAAAUUAGUAAAUGAAUUUAGAAAUCACACUAAAAAGUUAACAUUUUUUUGCUACAUACAACUUCUUAAACUAUGGAAAAAG